AUGUCUAUGAGAUUUUCUCCAGUCUCAAUGAAAUCUAAUCUUUCAGGUAUUUCAGUGACAAUUCCACCCAUUCCAACCGAGAAUCAAAUUGUAUACUCGCCUCCCUGCAUUGAUGAUAGUGUCAUAGUGUUCUCAACUCCAUUUGGCUAUGCAGCAGGAUUUAAUACUAUGAGGGGAAGCCAUGUUUGGAGUGAUCUUUCCAAAAAAUUUAAGGAAUUUAAAAAGGAUCAGAGGUCUGUAAAACUUCUGGACUUAUUGAGGGAAACCAACUGGCAGCUAUCUCAAACUGAGAACACUAUCGAGGAUGUUGUAUAUAAACCAUUGCUCAGUAUCUGUCACACACUUACAAGACACAUUGUGUUUGACAGGACAGCUGAUUAAAAAAACAUAGUCUUCUCUCUAUUCCCAAACAGAAAUGUUUUUUGUGAAAAAAAAAUUUAAAAACCGAUAGUUUUUUGUAUAUUCCCACAUCGAUUUUUUUGGUAAAAGACAUUUAUUUAACAGAUAUAGGACCAAACAAAUGGGGGAGCAGUUUUACAAUGUUGGUAUCACAGAACUGGCCAUGACACCUUUGUUAAUUCAACAUCAAAAUUACUGACCCAUGUACAUCACAUCCAGAGUCAAUGUCAACUGUCUUUUCAACUAAACAUGAUGCCUAAAUUUGUAAGACUGGCAUUGGCAAAGAAAAAAAUAAGAAAUUCUUUAGGUGAACAAGUGUUGGUGUUAUUCAUGCAUUGUAAUACAGUUAAACUUUGUUAUCUUGAACAUACUAUGUUACUAUAUGUUACAUAGGCAUCUCAAAUAUCAUGGACACGUCGUAGUGAUUAAAACGUCCAAACUACAUUUUCAUUGUUUAGCCUUCAUUUCCCUUAUCUUUGUGUCUGCUUAAGUUUUCUCUUGGUCUUAACAAGUUUGAAAGAAAAUAAAAUUUUGGCAGUACAAAUGCAACCAUACAAAAUCAUUUAGCAUUGAAAUGUAGAACUUUAUGUUUUGCACUGUGUGGGUGACUUUAACCAUUGUUGAUGUUUUUAUGACUUUUUUUUAUCAAUAUGGAAACUGACAGGACACCCAAAGUACCUACCACAAGGUAUGACAGAUAUUGGGG